AUGGGCAGUCUUCCUCUUGUUGAGAAAGGGAAGAGGGAGAUGGUGAAGGAUAUUCACCGACUUGCAAAUCUAGAGCUCCAAGCAACUGAUGUGCUUCGCGAGAGUAAUCUGGUUGGUUCUGGAAGUUUUGGCUCUGUUUACAAAGGCAUUCUCAGAAGUGAAACUGCCAUUGCAGUUAAAGUGUUCAAUCUACAAGUGGAUGAGGCAUUCAAGAGCUUUGAUACGGAAUGUGAAGUUCUGCGCAACCUUCUCCAUAGGAAUCUCGUAAAAGUCAUCACUUGUUGUUCCAACGUUUAUUUUAAGGCUUUAGUGUUGGAGUAUAUGCCUAAUGGUAGUCUUGACAAGUUUUUGUAUUCGCACAACUACUUCCUCGACAUCAAGCAGAGACUAAGCAUAAUGAUAGAUGCUGCAUGUGCAUUAGAAUAUCUUCACCGUGGGUGCUCGUCACCUGUGAUUCAUUGUGAUCUGAAGCCUUGUAAUGUCUUGCUGGAUGAGGAUAUGGUUACCCACCUAAGUGACUUUGGCAUUUCAAAAGUGCUUGGUGACGAUGAGAGUGAUUUAUACACUAAAACUAUAGCAACAUUGGGGUAUAUUGCACCAGAUACGCCUCUUAGUUUUGUUGAUUUUUCCUCUCUUUUUUCCCAAGUGGAAUGUAUAUUACAUCUUUAUAUUAAUUGUUUGACUGUAGAGUAUGGACAGGAUGGUUUGGUAUCAACAAAGUGUGAUGUCUAUAUCUACGGGAUCAUGUUGCUAGAAACAUUUACCAGGAGAAAGCCUAACCAGUUUGAGGGUGAUCUUAGCUUGAAGCUAUGGGUGAGUUGUUCACUUCAAGAGGCAGUAAUGGACAUCGUAGAUGCCAACUUGCUAACAUCAAGUGGCAAUCGCUUACAGAAGGAGAUUGAUGUUGUGGCAUCAAUAAUGAAAGUGGCAUUAGAUUGUUGUGUUGAAUCUCCGACAGGAAGGACAAACAUGAAAGACGUUGUAGGGACGCUACAAAAGAUCAAGAUUCAACUUCUUGCAUGCUAA